AGCAGCGAGGCAGAGUUCUGAAUGAGGGGUGCGGGGUGUGCAGUUGUAGCUAGGAGUUAGUGGAGUCAGGAAGUAAGUUUGACUUUAUGUCGAGAGGAGACUGGCGGUUAAGAGCUGACCGGCGCCGUGAUAAACCAUAGUUUUCGGUGUUGAUGAGAAAGAAGAGGGCACCUGAAGAAAACAAUAAGUCACCGAAAGGAGAACUGUUUGUUAAAAAAUAAUCUAGAACCGGCACUGUUUACAACUUGAGUCGUCUCUAAACGGAAGGAUUUGAUGCUUCAUUAUUUCUUUUAACAUCAGUCCCUUCACCUAUUAAUAUCCUUUACUAGUAAAGCGUACUCGCUGGGGCCACCCGACUUGCAGAUUCUCGGAGGAAAAUAGGAAACGAAGAGUCGCCGAGGGUCUCGGAGCUACUAAGGUACCCUCCUCCCGCCACUCACGUCCACCACUUACAGCGGGCAACAUGCCGCGAGUCGUGCCUGACCAGAGGAGCAAGUUUGAGAACGAGGAGUUCUUCAGAAAGCUGAGCAGAGAAUGCGAGAUAAAAUACACUGGUUUUAGAGAUCGCCCCCACGACGAAAGGCAAGCGAGGUUUCAAAACGCAUGCCGGGACGGCCGAUCGGAAAUAGCUUUUGUGGCAACUGGAACCAAUCUAUCUCUGCAAUUUUUUCCUGCAAACUUGCAUGGAGAACAGAGGCAAGUGCCAACGAGGGAGUAUGUGGAUUUUGAAAGAGAAACAGGAAAGGUCUAUCUCAAGGCCCCUAUGAUACUUAAUGGAGUCUGUGUUAUAUGGAAAGGAUGGAUUGAUUUGCAGAGACUUGAUGGUAUGGGGUGCCUGGAGUUUGAUGAUGAAAGAGCCCAGCAUGAAGAUGCACUGGCACAGCAGGCUUUUGAAGAAGCUAGAAGGAGAACAAGAGACUUUGAGGACAGAGACAGGUCUCAUCGAGAAGAUUUGGAGGCAAGAAGGCAGACAGACCCUAGUCCAGGAACUAAUAUGACAGGUGGAGAUGACAUGAAGCUCCGCUAACCAAUGGCAAAGACAUCUAUUUUUUGGGUCUUUGUUCAGGCAUUUUUAACAACCAGCAUUUAAUCAUAUUUGACAUGUUUACUGGAGGCCAAAAUCAAGAAGGCUUAUGGAGAGUAAUCAUCCUGUUCUUCCUGGUCUAUGGCUGGGAGCAGUCAGCACCUGCUGCCAGCAUUUUUGCACUAUGCUAAUGAUAAAAUUUAUACAUUAAUUAGUGUAUGCAUAUAGCUAUAUUUGAUCCUUUGUGAGCAUUAUUCCUAUGCAAUUGCCCCGCCCUCAAAAAAUUUGCCCUUCUUGUCAUGUAAAGCUUUGUGUUGUAGUCAGUUGUAGCAUUUUAGUUACAGGAUGAUUUAUAUUUUAUAUAGGUCAAAUACGUUUCUAAUUAUGAGAUUAUAGUGUUCUGUGUCGGCUUUGCCUUUUAAACAAGCCUCUGUGUGGUUUAGCUUUGAACUUCUAAAUACUUUACGAUAUUUUUAUUCUUGUAUUCUAAGAUUCUGGUAUAUUUGUCAACUAAGACGGUUUAGUUUUUUUAUGUGGUGUAGCGGGUUCCCUCUGUAAACUAAAUGUAUUCAACUGUUGCAUCAUGCAUUUAAAAAAUGUAAAAUACUCAAAUUGGAUUUGCUCAAUCAUUACAAAUUCUAUAUAUUUUUUUUUUUUACAUAUACAGUAUAUAUAUAAUAUAUAUACUGCUCUAUCUCCUGGUUUGGACUUGUAGCCUGUUUCAGAUUGGUCUUUUGUAAAAUGUGUAUUUGGUAAAUAUAAAAAGAAAAAAAUGCAAUACACCAGGUUUAUCAUUAAUAUGACAAUUUACACAUUUUAUUUUGCAUUUCUGUAUACUGGGAGUUUCUAGUACAUGCAAAGUGUUAAAGUGGAUGCUCUGUUAAAUCAUGCUUCUAACAAACAACUUUCUCUGCAGUGGGGGCUUUGAAGUUUCACAUACAGUACUUUAACAAAGGUGUUUUUAUAAUAGACAUUUACUGAUACAACAUAGCUGAUAUUUUCAUCAUAAAGCUAUUUCCACCAGGAGAAUUUUAAUAGUUUACAUAGUGUACCUUAAGCAUGACAGACACCAAUAAUAACAGUGUUGACAUUUAAAAAAAAAAAAAAAAAAAUUGCCUGUACAUUUAGCAGCUAUUUUAGUUUAAUUAGAGCAGUUAUUCUCUGCCACUGUAUCCUUCAGAAUUGUAAUAUACACAUGACUUCUCAAAGGUGUUUCCUGGAUCUUGUAUAAAUUUGUUUUAUCUUCCAAAAUAAAAUAUUUUAAAUGAUUUAUUUUGAUUUAUGCUGGAGUCAUACUCUUUUGUAAUAAAAAUGUCAUCAAGAAAAACAAAUGUCAAAAUCCAUCAUGAUCACAGUGUAGUGAAUUAAUCCAGGCAAACAUAUAGCUUGUCUUUUUGUGUUUUUAAAGGGCUCUCAGACUCAGUCAAGCAGAUUGUACAAAAUAGUCAAAAAGUAGUGUGAAUUUUUCAGCUGUAUAACUACUACUGUCAAGUAUAAAUACAGUGAAGGUUUAUUUAAUGAAGAAAGCUGUUAAACCUAUUUAGCUGGUGAAAUACAGGUUAAGAAAAAUGCAUCUAGAGAUCUUUCAAGAAGAGCCUUCUUCUUAGACCAGGGUGCUUUUUCUAUAUAAAAUAUACUUGAUAUAUGUAAAAAUAAAUGAUGGAUAGCUACAGUUUACUAACUGCUGUCAACAACUAUAUUACUGCAUCUUCAGUCACAUUUUCCCCCAUGACAUUGCACACUAGUAUAGAACCAAUGUUUUUCAGGCAUUUACCUACUCUUUGAGAUUUUGUAAUUUUCAAGUUUUUUAUUGUUAUAUAUUGUAAUCUUAUUCAAAAAAUAAGAACAUAAGCCAUCAAUAAUAUUUGAAAUUCGAAGAGUGUCUAAAAUUUACAAAUCACUUCCUGUUGUUUUAUCAACAGUAAAUUGCUAAGUGUUCUUUGUGACAAAUGCUGUAAUGACAUAUCUUAGUGCUGGCAUUAAGACUAGGAUUAACUGUCUGCUGGUUAGAACAAGACUGGAUGUUUUCCAGUUUUAAAAAAAUUGUUUUAAAUUAUUGAUGAAAAUUGAUUUCUUUUUUCAGACUUUCUCAGAUUUUUUUACUGUGUCUACUUUAGGAGUUUCCUUUAAGUUACAGAACAGCUUUUGCAUUAUUUUUGUUGUAUCUAAAUUUCUUUUACUUUCUUAAUAAAUGUGUGUUAAAUAAAUAA